UUCAUCCCCAGACACUUAAUCCUUUAUAAAGCAUUAUGUAAUGCUUCUUUCAAAGCAUUACAUAAUGCUUCUGUCAAAGCAUUGAAUUAGAAUACGUCAUUCCCACACUGUAUAGAGCAAUGUGUGAUAUGUGAUUUCUAAUCACUGAUUCUUCUAUAAAGCAUUGUUUAAUGCCUCUAUAAAAGUAUUGAGUUAGUAAGAUAUUUUUAUUCUUCGUUGAACGACAGUUCUGUGAGCUUGAAAUAUAACCGUGAGAGAAAUGCCUCUGGAGUUCAUAAUAAGUGGUAAAGGUAGAUCUAUACUAGUUCAUGAUGGAUAUGAAUUCUGGCUCAAGAAGGCGCUAAACAGAAACAUGAACUGGAGAUGUACCAAGCAUCAAUCACUCAAGUGUCCGGUCACGUUAGUGACAGCUGAAAAUGAAAUAAUCAAGCAGUUAUCUACUCACAAUCAUGAGUGCAACAAAGAGAAGGCAAUGGCAAAGAAUGCAGUGGGAAAAAUGAAGGAGAAGAUGACUGAAUCAACAACAAUGGUGGGGGCUUGUCAAGCUGCAGUUAGUGUCAACUUACCUCCAUCUGUUCUCAUGGCUCUACCAAGUAAAAGUACUAUAAACAGGACUCUUAUCCGACAUCGUGAGAGACUCAGAAACAAAGAUGUUGGCGGAGCUUUGCCACCUCUUCCUGCUGAUGCAAUGUUUGAAGUACCAGCAUUAUAAAAGGAGUUUCUAUUAUACGACUCCAUGGGGACAAGCAACAAUAGUCGCUUUCUAGUUUUCGGUGACAGACAAUUACUAGAUUGGCUCGGACGCAGCAACUGCUGGUUCGCAGAUGGUACUUUCAAAGUUGUCCCCAGUUUAUUCUACCAACUCUACACAAUUCAUUUCUAAUUUGCGCAAGGAGUGAUUCCGCCGGUGCUGUACUGCUUGCUUCAGGACAAAUCAAGUGCAACCUAUAAUAGAUUGUUGGAUGCAGUUAGAGAGCUAAUGCCUAAGUCAGCUCCAGAGACUAUAGUAACAGACUUUGAGAAAGCUGUGAUGACUGCUUUUCGAGAGAAGUUUCAGUCCUGUAGAGUAACGGGAUGUUACUUUCACUUAAGUCAAGCGGUAUUACGCAAAGUCACUGAACUGGGUAUGAGAAGUGACUAUGACGAAAACGACGAGUUACGUGGAAUGGUCAGAUGCCUCCCAGCACUGGAUUAUGUACGUGAGGAAGACAUUGUCGAUUCCUUCGAAUUGCUUGCAGAGUCAAUGCCACAACAUGAUCGCAUGCCGGAACUUCUAUCCUACUUCGAGCAUACGUACAUACGGGGCCACAGACUGCGCGGUAGAGGGGAUAACUACGCUUCAGCUUUAUUCCCUACAGACACUUGGAACAAAUACCUGGACGUCAUCGGCGGUGUUGCACGAACAAACAACUCUGUGGAGGGUUGGCAUCACGCCCUUCAAUCUCUCUUCUCCUGUCAUCACCCAAUGAUGUGGACAUUCCUUGAAGGUCUAUGUAAGGAUUGUCAGCUACACAAGGCGUCUGUUCUACAAUCAUGCGCCGGCACAGAGAAACGUCCAAAGAAAAAAUACGCUGAAUUAGCCAGGAGAAUUGGCAACAUUGUAGAGAGAUAUGAGUCAAUGGAUCGUCUUCUGUACCUCCGAUCAUUAGCUUACCUUUCAUAUUGAUUAACAGCAAUACCUCACGAACACUCAAGAA